CUCCUCCUCCUCCUCUCCCAGAAGCUACACGGAAGAAAACAAGUUAAACGUGAACUGGGUGAACUGGGACCAUAACGCAUCGCUGCUCGGUUGAAGUGGGUUUUAACCCCGGGGCGGUGACUGUGGCCGUGGCUGGACUAACUGCAACACACUGUAGAGUUGUUAAAAAGGAAAAACAAAAACAAGAAGCUACGUCCUAAGCUAUCGUUAUCAGCACAGGCUGCUAGCCAGGGGCCAAACUGGCGCACUUUGGAUGAAAGGCGCACACAGAAGUACGGAUACUGAGCAAACAGCAUGGACUGCAGCACCGCCGAUUUCACAGCUAAUGUGCUACAUGACUCUCCAGGGAAGGAAUCUUCCAGCUCUGAGGAUCUUGUUCCUCUGGCACAGCUCCUGAUGAGGCCUCAAAGUGAAGAGAAAAAGUCAUGCGGCAACACCCAGGACGUAGUCUCCGACUCUAACUCGAAAGAGGACAAAGCUUCGGGUGUCUCCUCAGAGGAUGAGCCGCUUGUAAAGCUGAAAACUGCACGUCCCAAGAAACAAGAGAAAAAGGAAAACACGCCACCCGAGUCCAACUGCAAAAAUAACAAGAAUGCAGGUUUGAAUACAGAUGACAGUUCUGACAACGAACCUCUGACAAAAAUCUCCAAAGUUUCCUCCAAAGCCGCUAAGAAGACGUUGUCAGUGCCGCCGAAAAAAUCUGUCGAGAGAAAGAAGAAAGAGUCACCGGACAAGGACGACAGCUCAGACGACGAGCCUCUGAGUGAAAUCGCCAAGAGAGUUCAGUCACGUCCUAAAAGAAAAGCAUCCUUUACUCCGUCAAAAAAAUCAACCCCAGUUAUUACAUCCAAAAGGAGCGCAGCGAGGAAAAAAGUCAAAUAUGUUGAGACUUCCAGCGACAGUUCAGACGAUGAGCCGCUGAUGGCAAUCAAGAAAAAGAGCCAAGCGCCGAAAGAGAAGGACGCCUCCGCAAACAAAAACACAACAAAACGUACCGACAAAUUCCGAGAAGACAGCAGCUUGGAUGACGAGGAGGACGACGAUGACGUUCCCCUGGUGAAUCUCGUUGCCAAGAAGAGGAAACCAGCGAAGGAAAACACCAGGAAGAGAAACGUGUCGCGAGGAAGCGCCUCCAAAAAGAGAAGAGAAUACAGCGACGAAAGCUCAGAUGACGAACCCUUGAUUAAUAUCGUGAAAAAGAAACGUUCAAACAUACGUACGAAAACCAAAACAAAGGCCUCGCCUCCAAAGAAGAGGAACACGACUCCUAAAAGGGCAGGAAAGAAGCCAGUGACAGUUUCAGAUUCCUUGAGCAACACUUCGGAUGAUGAACCGUUAACGGAGGCAGCUAAACACCCACAAGUGACCAAAAUCCUGAGAAUACAUCUCGAGAGGUGCGAUGAAGAACGACCAGCAGGAAGCCUGAAGAAAACCCAAACAGAAACGCCGGCUGCUGAAACGCCCCUGAAGGAAGACUCUGGCGAAUCACCAGAAGAAGAAGAAUAAACAAACUCCUCAAACAUCACGUAAAAGGUCACAGCUAUGUUUAGUACGUCAAUGUGUUUUAGUUACAUUCGCAUUAAUUUAAGAAGAUGGGAUUUUUACUACGUUUUGUUUUUAGUAUUAGGACCAAAAUCCUUGAAGGUUUUAUUCGCGUCUUAACAUAUGUGCCAAUUGUUUGCACUCCCCCGUUUCCUCUAGUUUUAUAUAUAUUUUUAAAGAAAAAAAAAAAAAAGACAUUUUAAAACUCAGUGUUUUAAGUAUAAUGUAUGCUUUGUGUCAUGUGCACACUCUGCACACAGCAGUGACAAUUUGUUGUGUUGGAUUAAACUACUUCCAUGAUAAAAUUCA